AUGAAUCAAAGAAAUAGGAACUAGUAAUAAUAUGUUGAAAAUAAUAGAAAUAAUUAUAACAUGAGAAACUAGCCAUAUAGAAAUAAUAAUAACUAGAUAAAUAAGGUAGGAGAAAUACAAAAUGGUUAGUUUUUUGUAGAUGAAUUUGGAUAAAAAUUUUUGUAAAAAAUUGAUAAUUAAAUGAAUAUCAGAAAAAGAAUAUUCUUACAUAAAAAUGACUCAGGAAGAGCCUUGCACGAAAUGAAAGUUAAAUACAGUCUUGUAGAAACAUAAAACUAAUAAUCAACUAAUUUAAAAGCUGUUAUUGAAUCUGUAGAAGAUACAUAUAGUGAAAUCAAACCUCUAAUCGGAUUCUUUUCUAACACUCCUAAUAGACCUAGUAUAGACUUUGAUCUUUAAUCAAGAUAGCUAGGAUACGCAAACUUAAAAAAGGUUUACUUUUUCCCUUUGUAAAUAAACUAUCCUACAAUGGUUUUAGAGUUGGAUUAGUCUUCUUAAACUUGUUAAAGUGGAGAUAUCUUUAAAUAUUAUUAUAUUGUGAAGGUUAUUGACUGGCCUGAAAGGCUUUCCAGAGAAGGUCCUUUAGUAGAAAUUAUAGAUUAAAAAGGAAUGUUAUAUGAUUAAGAAAGUGAUUGCUAGGCUUUAUUAGAGUCAUUAAACAUGAAUAGUACUAUCUCAAGCGAAGAAAAAAAGUAUGUUGAUAAAAUAGUCAAGAAUCACUAAAAUGCAUUUUAAAAUAAUAAUAAUUCAAAAGAAUUUAAAAAUAUAAAUGCUUUUACUAUAGAUUAACAAGGAACUUAAGCCUUUGACGAUGCGUUUUCUUUUUAAAAAAUCAGCACAAAAAUUCUUGAAUAAGAAAUUUAAUUGGCUAAGCAACCAAAAAAAAUUUAAAAAACAUAGAAUUAACCAAUUCAAGAGAAGGGUAAAAACGCAAAAGGCAAAAAUGGUAAAUAAGGUAAGUAGAAAGAGAUUUAUGUAGUAAAAUAGGCAGAUAAUUAAGAGCCUAAUCAAAAUGAAAGUGGAACUAAAUAAGAAUAAUAAGAACCAAACUAAAGUAUUGAAGAAUAAAAAGAAGUUGAUUAAACAGUUAAAUAAUAAUAAAUUUAAGAGCCAGAAGAAUAAAAGCAAUCAGAACCAGAAUAAGAAGAUACUGAAUGCAGUAGAAAAAUAUUUAAACUUGGUAUCCAUAUUGCAGAUCUAUCUUAAAGUAUUCAAAAAGAUACACCAUUGUACAAGGCUUUGGAAAAAAGAGGUUAAAGUAUUUAUGUCCCACUAGGAAAAAAUAAAAGCUUUGUCAAACAUAUGCUAGACAGAAAGCUUGUUUAAAUCUUCUCAUUAAAGGCUGGAGAAAAAAAGUAAGCUAAAAGUUUAUUUAUCUGCAUAGAAAAGGACUAAAAUAAUUAAUUCAUCUUUCAUUGGGAUUCUUUAAGACUUGAAAACUCCAUUAUUGAAAGUAAAUAAAAUUAUUACUAUGAAGAAUUCGAUUCCUACUUGAAAGAUAAAAAGCAAAGUAUAAAUGAGCUUUUUAAAGAUGAUGAUGAUGAAGAAGUGAGCUCAGAUAGUGAUGAAGAAGAUGAUGGAAUAUAAACUCAUGAAGCUGAAUCGAACCCUAAAAAUAAGAGCUUAAUUUUAACUAACGAGGAAUUUCUAACUUUCUUUAAUCUUGGAGGUUAGCUAUUCUAAUAGAGAAUAUAGAAAGGUUAAAAGGCAUUCUAAGAAGAAUUUACAGAAAAAUGUAAAUUCUUAUCAUCAAAGUUGGUUGAAGAGUUAAUGGUUUUUUACAAUCAAUCUAUUUCGAGAUAAAUACAAGUAAGUUAAUAGAUCUUUAAAGGUUAGAAGGAUAUUGAAAAAAAAUUAGAAGUGCUAUAAAAAGAAGCAAAAUAGAUGAAAAAGUCAAUAGAAACUGAUUAAACCUAAAUCUCUAAUAAAAUAAAGAAACAAUAGAAAGUUCUUGCAACUAGUAAAAAGUCUAUUGAUACUCUUCGUAAAAACAUUAAACUUACUGAAUAGAAAAUAAAAAAUAACCCUAAAACUCUUAAAGAAUAUGAAAAUAAAAUAUCUACAAAUUAAAAAAAGAUUGAAGAACUCAAAAAUUAAAUUGAAUAGAUAAGCAUCAUGGAAGAAAGCUAGUUUGAGUAAGAAUUUAAUAAAAACAAAAAGAAAGGAGCUCAAAAAAAAGCAGAAAUUUAAUAACAAAACUGCUAUGAAGAAUUAGAGAAGGAAUAAUUAUCAGAUUCUAGCCAAAAUUAAAUCUUACUUUCUUAAGGAUAAUUAGGAGAUAAUUUACGCUCAGAGAAAUUAGUUGAUCAAAAUAUUUUACAAGGAGAGGAAGAUAUUCAACCUUUUUCAAGUAGUGAUAAAAGUGAUGACAGCGAUGAAGAAAGUGAUACUGAGUCCAAAGACACAUUACAAAAUAACAAUGAAAUGCAGAAUGACUCAGGAAAUAUUUAUACAGCUUUAAAAAAACGCUUAAAUUAGUAGUUACAAAACUUAAAUAAGCAAUUAGAAUAAUUAGAUAAAGAAUUAAACAAUUUAGAUUAACAAAAAAUUUCUAAUAAAAACGAAGAAGCAAAAAAAUCAAUUAAAGAUACUCUAAAUUACUACAAAAAUAAAUGUGAACAAGUCGGAUUUAAUAACCUAAAGUACGAUUCCCUCUUAGAAUUUUAAUCAUCAAUUGAUAAAUUAAAAUAUGCUAAAAUAACUCCAAUAAUUAAAACUUAUUUGUUAUUUGAAAAAAGAAAAAUAGUUAGAUAAUUAAAUCAAUACUUCGCCAUUUGCGAUGAUGAAAAAAAAGAAUAAGAGUAACUUCAUUAGAAAAUCUAGUAAAAAAAAGAUCAAAAAUCAAAGAUUAGCAAAGACAUUAAAGCCAUUUAAGAUAGAAUAAUUUAAGCUGAAAAGAGUGAAGAGGAGCAAAAAUUUAAAGAUUCAGAGCUAUAACACCAAGAAUAAAUAAAUGUUGAAGAAGAAAUAUUUAGUGAAGAUGAUUAAACGGAAACAAGAUCUUAAAUUUCAAUUGAAGAUUUAGAAAAAUCAUUUACCCACGAUAAUGAUAAUAUUAAAAUAGCCUCAUUAAAAUAAAGAAAAAUCAAUUAGCUUUAACAAUAAAUAAAGCAAAAAGAAAAUGAAAUUUUAAAAAUUUAGAAAUAAAUAAGUUCAAACGACAGUAAAAUUUAAGAACUUAAUUCAAGCUUGGAAAAAUACCAAAAAUAAUCUGAAAAACUAGAAGAAUAAAUCAAAACUUAAGACAUCUAGAUCAAUGAUCUCAAAAAAUAAUUAGACGAGCUUAAGUCAGAAAUUUUAAAAAUAGAUUAAAAUAUAAAAGAUGAGUAAAAAAACCUCUUAAAAUAACUUGAAAAAGAUGUUAAUGAAAAUUACAAAUAUUUUGAUUUAUCACCUGAAUCUGAGAAAUAUUUAUCCUUAACUAGUCCUAUAAGAAAGUUUAAUGAUAUUUAAGCUUAGUAAUUCAUAGACGAUUAUUUGAAAACAGAUUUUUCUAAAGAAUUUGAUGUGGAAUACAGUAAAAUAAUUAAAUCAAAGCAAACUACUAAUAAGAUAAAGAAUCAAGUGGCUAAAUUCUUAGAAAAAGCCUAAAAAAUAAAAAAUUGCAGAAAAAUGAUUCGCCAAGCUCAAUAAGGUAAAAAAUAAGAUGAAAAAUAAGAAAUUCUUCAAAUUAAUUCCAAAAUUAUUUCUAAAUUCAUUAUCUAUGAUUUCUUCUUGCCUAAAUAAAUGCAAAUUGUCUAGCUGAAAAAUGAUAAAAAUAGACCCUAGUUAUAAGAAGUUUUUUCAAUAUGGAAUGGUGAAAUUUAAGCAAAAUAUUCUCUUCCCUAUGAUUACACUGUUGCAAACGCCAUUAAAAAUAAUAUCAAGCUAACAAAUUUAGAUUUUUGA